AUGUAUUACUGCGAUCAUAAAGCCGUUGCAGAGAAGGAGAUUACUUCUCGUAAUUGCUUAUGUUUAGUUGAUGCCGCCGUUAUGUUGUACGAAGAAGAUAAGAAGACGAAGACUCUCUCUGCAAAGGAAGAAGAAAGCGACAAGAGAAUCUUCCGUCUUUUCCCGAGAAAAACAAGAACUCCGGUCUUUAUUAGAAGAAACCCACAACAGAAUCUUAAUGGGGCUUCUUCUUGGUCUUCAUCGUUUCUUCUCGACCCUAACACGAUCCCGGCUGAUUCGAAGACGAGAAACCCACAAAACCCUAAUGGGCUUUCUUCUUCUUCUUCUUCAUCGUUCCUUCUCGACCUCAACACGAUCCCGCCUGAUGAUUCCGAGACCCAAAACCCUAAUGGAGCUUCGUCUUCUUCUUCAUCGUUUUUUGGAGAUUACAAGAUCGCGGCUAGGUCGUCUUCGAAGAUGAUGGACAUGAGAAACUCACGAAACCCUAAUUCCCAAUCGUCUCUGUCUUCGUGCCUAACGGAGAACAAACCCCACAAGAGACGUGCCACACAAGAUAUCAAACCUAUUGGUAAAUCCAAGAAAGCAAAGGUUGCUACUUUUUCAUGGAUAGGGAGAGAGACUCCUGAAUGGCUAACCCUGCUGAUGAAAGACACUAACGAAACUGUAGUUAAGUGGGGAGAGAGAACUGACUUGAGGCUAAUCUUUGAAAGGACUCUGUUCAAAACAGAUGUCAACCCUGGCGAGAGCCGUCUCUCCAUGCCUUUCAACGAGCUGAUUCAAAAAGACUUCUUGACCCCUGUCGAGUUUGGAAUCAUAGAAGAAGACAUCAACAGUGAUAAGAAGAUGGGAAUUGGAGCGAUUCUGAUUGAUCAACAGAAUGUAAAGUGGGGUGUGAUGUUGAAAAGAUGGGAGAUGAAGAAAGAUUCAGGAAGAGGAAGCUGGAAUUACGCUUUGACUUGUGGGUGGAACGAGAUAGUCAAGGCUAAUGGAUUGAAACAAGGAGACGACAUCAGUAUUUGGUCAUUCAGGUGGGGUGGUCUCCUCUGUUUUGCUCUUGUUACUCCUCCUCCUUCCAUGGCACAGAGUAGCUCUUCCCUUGUGGUCUAA